GCACCGAACGCUCCAGCGCUCAAAACCCCACAUUAAAACAAUAAAAAUCACACAGAAAUAAACACACCUACAAACCCUAAGUGCGUGAGUGAUCUUUUUUCCUGUGACGUGUGCGUGUAGUUGUGCUUGACAGCUGUCAUGAAAAAGUGCAAUAAAUAGAAACUUGCGAGUUGCAACUCUGUCGACAAACACAAACUUAGAACUUAGAACGGAAACCACAUAGUGCAAAAGUACCGUCGGCGAAAUGCAGGCCACCAAAAUGCGAACGCCCUUUGCCAUCCAGGAGAUCUUGGGGCUGGGCGCCUACCAGCAGCAGAACAGCACCAACGCCUCUGGCACGCCCACAGAGGCGCCGCCCUCGCCGGCAGCCACGCCCCCGCCCGCCACGAGUACGCCCGCGAACGGCUCGAUGUCGUCGGGACAGCAGCAACAGCAACAGCAGCAGCAGCAGCAGCAGCAGCAACAGCAACAGCAACAGCAGGCCUUGGACGGCCUGAGGGACUCCCGGUCCAUAUCGCCCGACGUGUCCAGACUCUCGGCGGCUGCAGCGGCGGCAGCGGCGGCCGCCGCCCACUGCCAACUGCCCGUGUUCAAUCCGGCCAACUUCUACGCCGCCGCCGGGUACGCCGCUGCAGCGGAUCCGGGCAACGCGGCGGCGGCCCACCACCACCACAUGACCACCUUGGCGGCGGCCGCCUACCUGCGCGGCUUCCUGCCGCCCGGGUUCAGCACGCCCCACGAGUUCCGGGGGCACUUCCAGCAGCACUUCGGCGCCCAGUUUGCAGAACAAGCCGCCGCUCGUGGCCAGGAGUACGCCAGCAGUUUGGCCAACGCCAGUGGCGACGAGCAGUCGCCCAGCAAGAACAGCAGUUCGUCGGGCAACGGCUCCGGCGGAUCGGGAUCCGGGUCGGGAUCUGGAUCUGGAUCGGGAUCAGGAUCUGGAUCGGGGGGCGCCAACCAGGUCUCCAAUGGAAUCGGACACUUGGGCUCGCCGACGGCCAGCAACGGGGGCUCCGGGGGAGGAUCCAUGGGAACCGCCGCCACUUCCGGGAGCAGCUCCUCCACGUCCGUAGGAAACUCCGCCGGGAACGGCGGCAACCCUGGCAGCCGCUCCUCGCCCGCUGGACCGCAUCACUCGGCCGCCCUGGCCGCCCACCAACAUGCAGCGGCUGCUGCGGCCGCCGCCCACCAUCACGCAGCGGCGGCCGCCGCCGCCCAUCACGCCCACCACGCCCACGUUCAGGCGCACGCCCAUGCCCACGCCCACGUCCACGCCCACGCCGCCCACGCGCACCACGCCGAGGCGUUCCUGGGCGCCGCUGGCGGGGCGGGCGGCAACCCCAACAGCCUGCUGGCCGCCCACGGGGCGGAUGUCCUGGUGGGUCCUGGCGGCACGGGUCCCGGCGGCAAGAAGAAGAACAAGAGGCGGCACGGCAGGACGAUCUUCACCAGCAGCCAGCUGGAGGAGCUGGAGAAGGCCUUCAAGGAGGCCCACUACCCCGACGUGAGUGCGCGGGAGCUGCUGUCCAUGAAAACCGGAUUAGCCGAGGAUCGCAUUCAGGUCUGGUACCAGAACCGCCGGGCCAAGUGGCGCAAGACGGAGAAGUGCUGGGGCCACAGCACCAAGAUGGCCGAGUACGGGCUCUACGGGGCGAUGGUGCGCCACUCGCUGCCGCUGCCGGAGACCAUCAUCAAGUCGGCCAAGGAGGACGAGUCGGUGGCCCCCUGGCUGCUGGGCAUGCACAAGAAGUCCCUCGAGGCCGCCGAGCUGCUCAAGAGCGACGAGAGCGACCGCGAGACGCCUACCUCGGACGACACCAACACCAGCUACUCCGCCGGCAGCACCCACAACUCGCCGAUCUCCAGCUUCUCGAUCUCGCGGCUCCUCUUCGACGCCCCGCCGCCGGCGGCAGGUUCCGCGGGCGGGAAGGGCCACCACCACCACCACCACCACCACCACGGCCACCAGAAGGGGGGCCACCACCACGCCCACGCCCACGCCCAUGCCCACGCCCACGUGCACGCCCAGGCGCAGGCGCACGCCCACAUGCUGCUGCACCACCAGCAGCACCACCUGCACGGCGGCUCCGAGGCAGCCGCCCUGCAGCAGCAGCAGCAGCAGCAGCAGGGAGCAGCAGGAGUGGCCGGAGCGGGAUCCGCGGCAGGAGCGGUGGGGGCCCCCGCUCACCACCCGUACAACCAGCAGCAGCACCUGCACCACCUGCAGCAGCUGCAGCAGCAGCAGCAGCAGCACCAGCAGCAGCAGCAGCACCACCAUCACCACCAGGUGCACCACAUGCACCACCACAACGCGGCGGGCUACGCCGAGGCAGCAGUGGCUGCCGCAGCGGCCGCAGCAGCCGUGGCCGCAGCAGCGAACGCGCGGAACGCAGCAGCCGCGGCCGCAGUGGCGGUGGCAUCCGCCUCCGCAUCCGCAUCCGCGUCGGUGUCCGCCUCCUCGGCCGUGACCAUCGCCGAGUCCGAGGCGGAGGAGGAGCAGGACGAGGGCGAGGACAUGGACAUGGAGCUGGACAAGGACUGCGAGGUGGAGGAGGAGGAGGUGGAGGUGGAGCCGCGGGACCACGACGACGACAACGACCAGGAGCAGGAGCGGGAGGGCGAGAGGGAGGAGGAGGGGGAGGGGGAUGCCGACGCGGACCCCGAGAUCGACAUCUGCGACGACCACGACGAGGAGGUGCGUCUGCAGGAGCAGCUGCUGCUGAAAGUCAAGCAGGAGCAGUCGCACCACGGACCCAGAUGAAACAUGUACAUCGACGUGUUGUUCUAAGGACAACGAUGAAUGGAUUUAGAUUCCGAUUCGGAUUCGGAUUCGGAUUGGGAUUGGGAUUGGGAUUGGGAGCACAUCCGGCUAAUGCAAUGAACAUUUUCCAGCAAUAAAUGAGAUAACGCACUGGUCUCCACAGCAACAAAUCUCAUAAGCUAAAGGCAUUACAUUUAAAGAUUAAACGAAAACAAAUCGAAAACAAAACAAAAACAAAAACAAAAGAAACCCUAAACUUAAAGCCAGCAAACAUUUUUUUUCAUACACCUAAGGAGCACACGUAAUUAAUCUAUGUAUAAUCGUACAUACUAACGAAUACUCUCUCAUUUUUUAGUGUACAUAUUAAAUUAUUGCGAAUAUAAAGACAAACAAACACAAACGAACACUAGAGCCUAAGGAAAGCUGCAACAACGAUUUGCGAAAUUUUAAAAAUAUGCUAAAUGUGAUUUAAUUUAGUUGUCCAUUCUGAACAAGGCUUUUUAUGGUUUAAGACAUUUUUUUUGCCCCUUAAAUUUAGUCAUUUUUUUUUUCUAACUGUACUGUACUCCCUGUAAAAAUGUACAUACCAAAUUCAAUCGAUCGAAUAUACGAGUAUUUGCCACGACCUGCGAUGCAACCCCUGUCCACUGCCUCUGCCCAUCAUUUUCUCCACUUUUUGUCUGCGUAAUUCGAGUUUUGGAAACGAAACAAAGAUACAUGAGUAACUGCAAUUGUGUAAUUGAAUUAACAAACAAUCCACAUACAAUACACAUACUUAUAUAUGAAAGUUAGAUGAAAUAAAACGGAUGAUAUACAAAUACAGACGGGGUCUUGUGUGUUCUUGGAUCUUUUCAAUCGGAAUCUUAAGCUUCGUUUCGUAAAGUAGAACUAUCUACCCUGGAUGUAACGAGGCUUGCUCUGUUACUGUGUAAAGUAGAACUAUAUACACUGGAUGUAACGAGGCUUGCUCUGUUACUGUUUACAUGUCGCAACGUAAUGCGAAUGAUUCUCCGUUACACGAUGUAAUGCCACAGACUUCCAUGUUAGCUUAACAUGAACAUGUUUAUGUAGCAACCUCAUGUAGUUUCGGAAAGCAGGGUAAAAUGCUCAUGUACAUUACUCUCUGUAA